CUUUGUUAUUUCCGUUCAAUACAACGUGUUUCCUUAAAUUAUAUGUACUUUUUACUAUAAUUUAAAUAAUUUGAGAGCGAUUAAAUAGAAGGGAAUUUUAAAGCUUGAAAUUGUGUAUUACCAUCACGUAUUUACGAGAAGAGAUUGUAAAUUAAUAUUUUACCAUACAAAUUACGCCUUAGAUCGUAAAUUAAAAUAUAAAUACUUAUUUUCUAACAAAAUGGUAGUUGUUUCAUCUACGUUUUCUCAACCUAUCGAAGGAAUUCUUCAUCAGGCUCCUUCUACAAAACUCUUUGUGAAUGAUCAGGAACUUGGUACUGCUACUUUGUACAUUACAGAAAGCAAUGUGGUGUGGGGAGGUGGUGUGCGGCCAUCUGGUGUUGCCGCUCCCACCAUAUCACUGCUCUACCCCAGCAUCUCACUCCAUGCAGUCCAGAGGGAACCCUCGCCGGCUCUCUAUAUGGUCCUCAAUUAUGAACUCAGAGUUCCAGAACUAGCGCAACCAUCAGGCGGAGGGGACGCCAGCGAAGAUGAUGAGUUUGACGCCGAUGACCAACCCAUCACACAAUUACGUUUUAUACCACAGAAUGAAGGUGAAUUGCAAGCUAUGUACUCCGCAAUGAGCCAAGGACAGACCCUCCACCCGGACCCCACAGACGAAGUCGAUGAGGAUGAUCUGUAUAUGGAUGGAGAAGAAUUCAAUGAUGGUGAAGAACAGUUCGAGGAUGCAAUGGAUAAUGGUGUUGUACCGGCGGGGGAGGACGAUGCGGCCGCUCGCCUGCGACUGCUGCGGCUCGGGAGAAGCAACGGCUCCCAUCCCAACACUGAUGAUCCAGAUGAAGAAGAUGCCGAUAUAAGUGAACAGCAGUGAUGCUCAUCUUAGUGCACGUCGCAUCAGAACGACUACACUUUGUACAUCUUAAUAAUAAAUUGUUAUUAGAUGUAUGUACUACACAAUUGUUUGGCUAUGGAUGGGUUGCCAUAUCUAAGUGUUGCAAGCAAAAAUUACAUUUAAUUUGUUGUGUUGUAUGUUUAAUUUGACCAAGAAUUUUACAUCAAAAUGGUCGAAUUAAAUUGACGGGGUUUCAAUGACUGGAUAAAAUAAAAUAAAAAAGUUUUUAAAUAUAGAAUUUCAAAAAAUCUAUAGAUGUACUGGCAUAAUUCUAUUUUUGAAAGUUACAUAGGACUAGAGAAGUGUGGUCCCAUCCUAUUUGCCGUAUAAGAUAUUGACUUAUUACUUAGUUUAGUUUUGUCUUUAAUAAUAAUAUCUUUAUGUUAGUAAUCUCAAACGAAUUUCGACUUAAUUAUCAAAUAUAUUAUUUGAUAAUUAAUUUAGAAUUCGUUUACUUAAAUUAUGGACGCCAUUAUGAUGGUCAAUUUAAAUUGGCAGUGUGUCAAUGAAUAGAUAAAAUUAAAAAGAAAAAUAUUUUAAAUAUAGAACAUGAAAAUUAGACUGAUACUGACAUGAUUCUAUUUUUUUUUUUAAAUUACACAAGACUAGAGGUAUGGCCCCCAUCCUAAUUGCCGUAUAACUAAAAUAAUAUUCACUUAUUACUUAGUUUAGUUUUUGUCUUUAAUAAUAAUAUGUUUAUGUUAGUAAUCUCAAACGAAUUUCGACUUAAUUAUCAAAUUCUAAUUAUAUAUUUUUGAUUGGAACCAAGGACUUUUAUUUUUAUAAUAGGACUUUGGUAAUUAAGUCGACAUUUUGAAAUUUUAAAUGAUGCUUUUAUAAGCUGUCAAUUUGUGUACCAAUGCUGCACUGUCAAUGGUACUAUACCGAUUUUUAUAAAGUUUUGAUAUCAAAUAGUCAUUCCCUGGCACGAUUUUUUAAAAUGUAUUACAUUUAGGAAUGCAUGAAGCAUGUAUUUGUAUUACAUACGUUAGUAAAAAUGAUGUAAUGAUACUUAGUGAUAGUAUUCAUGAAACUGAUAUAUUUUUAAAGAACAUUAAAGCUUGUAGUAGUUA